AUGCCUUCCCGCGGCCAUCAGAACAAACGUCGAAGGGACGAAAGGUACACUCCUCCUGAACGCCCCUCUCAGGAGGAUAUACUGUACCUCUUGUGGGAGAGUUCCAAGCAAACAUCUUGUGUUAUUGCUGAAAUACUGAGUGAGUUACGAGCUAUAAAUCGUGCAUCGAUCAGUAAAUUAUUGAAAGAUAUCACAAAGCGUUUGUCAAAACUCGAGUCGGAUGUUAACACAUUCGACUUGCCUCACCAGGAAAUAGUCGACAAUUUUGAUCACUUCCGUCAACAAUUGGCCAACAUCCAACAGGAGUUUAUGGGCUCCGAAUUUGAACAGGGUCAAAAUCCAGUAUUCAGAGGUACACUUCGCUCAUGCCUCGGAGACCUCGGCACACAGAUGGGUGGCAUCACUAGUCGAAUGGGUAAUGUUGAGGACAACUUGCUGAAACUCGAAGGCCGACUAUUUGGCCAGUUUGAUGAGGAUAUCAAUCCCGAAGCUGGCUAUGUGAUGUUCAAAAUUCACAAUGACCAGGACUUCCGCCAAAGGCUGAAGCCGCAUAACCAUUACCAACUCACGCAUAUGGUCCAAUCCCAGGGCGGAGUUUGGGCCAAAGUUGAUACCGUCAAGUUGCAAGAAGCUCGAUCAAAAGGGAAGUUCUAUUUCAUGAUCAUGUCGUUUUCCGACUGGGACACUGGAGAACACAUUCGGAACAACAUUGACAACCUGAAAGGACUGUUCAAGAUCGAGCAUGAAUUCUUGGCCCUUCCUCUCACCUACCAUCUGCACAUAGUCGACCUCGCCGUUCACCAACAGAUGGGAUAUGACUAUAACAUGAAGAAGUUUGUCGAAGAUGAGCUCCAAGAGCCUGGUGUCAGGGCAAAGGUUGCGUACCAGCGUGUCAUCCUACAAACCGAGCAUUUGGGCACAGCGAAGCGAAUUGCACUGAAAGGUGCCAGCGUAUUCGGUCAUCACGAUGAGGCCAAGCCCUACUGUGCUCAGGGUACCCCGCUCUUCUGCAACAGAUGCUGCAAACCCAAUCACUUUGCCAACGACUGCAACGCCAACUCGCCGCAUUGCGGCCUUUGUGCAGAAGCGCAUGAAACUUUCACUUGCCACGUGCAAAGGGACUUCAAGUGCUGCAACUGUGGCGGAUGCCACAAGGCUUGGGAUCCAUGUUGUACGGAUAAACUCUCAAGAGCAGAGCAUCAGAAGUCCCUUUUUUACCGCAAAAAGGUUCCUCAAUGGGCCUUAAACCUCGAAGCGUCAAAGUCCUCCAAGGAUGCUGAGGGGGGGGAUGGGAAGACGAAAGCCUCACGCCAAGGCUCUUCGAGCGUCCCUUCGUCCCAGGAAUCCGCCAAGAAACCAGUCGGCAGACCAAAAAGGUUUCCCAAGCCCAAUCCAGGUCAAGCCAGGAUUACCGCCUUUUACAAGGAACCGGAACCAGAUGCCAUGGAGCUAACAACACCAACCGACGAUUUGCAGAUGAAUCGUGUCGAAGUUCCUUGUUCUCAGCCGGACGCUGUGAUCAAUGACGAGUCUUCCAACAAUGCCGGGCCUAGCGCUUCACACGACGAUAUUUACGAUUACGGCUCACUCUUCGGCGAAGACAUGUCAAUCACUGGUGGCGAUGAGGAGCCUGAGCAAUCAAGACCAAGCUCAAGAUUGAGUGAAUCUAGCAGCGCCCCCAGCUUGAACGGCCACAGCACGACGGACGCUGGCGGCAACAAGAAGCACAGUAAACAGGAUAAGAAUGGCCAGAACAAGAAGGAUAGCGACAAUGGCAAGGCGAAGGAGAACGCUGCCACCGAACCCAAGGCUUCCACUCCACGACAGAAGAAGGGCAGCACCACUCCAUCUAGCUCUCAGGAGUCAUCCAACCCCAUUGCCAGGUCCCUUAAAGGUAAAGGAAAAGAAGUGGCGGUGGAGAAGGACGGGGAUCGCCCAAGAUCGCCCUCCAAUGACUUGCGUGGAGGGGAGAGCAGAAACAAGGAUACCGGGAGGAAAAGGGACACCAGCCAUAGCAACGACAGUAGAGACAGAGGUAGGAGCAGCAACAGGAGCAACACCGACAGGAGCACCAAGAGGACGAGCAGCAAAGCCAGCAGCCGGAGGACCAACGCCAAUAGCGACAGCGAUAGCGAUCACGGCCAUACCGGGGGGUCUCGGAAGGCCAGCAACGACAAGACCAGGAAGCCGCAGCAAACCGGAACUCCUCGCCCUGGCAAUGGCACCAAGAGCACUCCCAAGUCCAAGGCCUCCUCACGCACUGCUUCUGCUGACAACGGUUCUGUCACUGCUGCAAGGACUACCUCUGCCUCCAGAGCUCCUGCCGGCACCCCUUCUAAGGCUGUUGUGACAACUACACGUCCCUCCAGCGCUCAGCCACCAGACAAGAGGGCUGGUCAUGUACGAUCUGCUUCCGGUCGUGAGAAGGGUGGACCAUCUCCCAAGCCACGAGGACACAAGAAGAGGAAGUUUUCGCAGGGCUCGGCAAAGGGGAAGAGCGAUAAUUGA